AAGAUUAACACUUUCUCCUUGUUCCUUAAUUAUCAUCAUCACUCUCUCCCCUCUCUCUCUCUCUCUCCCUUCUCUUUCUCUUAUGAUCAUCUCUCUUAGCUCCUUGCUUAGAUCCUUGUUGAAUUAUUCAAUCAUCUUAUAACUCAUCCUUAACCCUCCAAAAAAAAAACUAGUCCCAAAUUCUCAAUAAUCUUUGUACAAAUUCUCAAUAAUCUUAGUAAACAUCCAAGAUUUUCACAUAACACAGAAAAAAAGGGGACAAAUUAGACUUCAAGAAAUCUUUUUUUCCACUAGAAAACCUUAUCUUUGAGCUAAUUUUUUUUCCUUUCUUUCUAACAUGGCAAACCCAUGGUGGACAGGCCAAGUAGGUUUACAAGGAGUUGAAACAUCAUCAUCCGCUGGCUCCCCCUCCCUCAAGAAGCCAGAUCUAGGCGUAUCUAUGAACGACAAUAGUGGUGGUAGUGGUAGUCAUGAUGAAGAAAGGGACCAUAGCGACGACCCUAAAGAGGGUGCAGUCGAAGUAGCCACUCGUCGACCUAGAGGUCGACCAGCUGGCUCCAAGAACAAACCUAAACCACCAAUCUUCGUUACAAGGGAUAGCCCUAACGCGCUUAGAAGCCACGUGAUGGAAGUUGCAAAUGGAGCUGACGUGGCCGAAAGCAUAGCUCAAUUUGCUAGGAAAAGACAAAGAGGUGUUUGUGUGUUGAGUGCUACUGGAACUGUUGCUAAUGUAACCCUAAGACAACCAUCUGCUCCCGGAGCUGUCAUGGCAUUACACGGCCGUUUCGAGAUCUUAUCAUUGACCGGAGCCUUCCUUCCUGGACCCGCUCCUCCUGGAUCAACAGGUUUGACUAUAUACUUAGCAGGAGGACAAGGACAAGUUGUGGGAGGAAGUGUAGUAGGGUCUUUAGUGGCUUCCGGACCAGUUAUGGUAAUUGCAUCAACUUUUUCUAAUGCUACAUAUGAGAGGCUACCUUUGGAGGAGGAGGAAGAAGGCGGUGGACCGGCAGCACAAGGACAACUUGGUGGCGGUGGUGGUGGAUCGCCACCGGGAAUGGGAGGAGGAGGGCAACAACAACAAGGUGGUGGUGGUGGUGGUAUGGGUGAUAUUCCAUCAUCAAAUAUGCCAGUAUAUAAUUUGCCACCAAAUUUGCUACCAAAUGGUGGACAAUUGAACCAUGAAGCAUUUGCUUGGGCACAUGGACGCCCUCCUUUUUAAUUUAGAGGUAACAACAACAAUAAUAAUAAUUCAAAAAAAGAAAGAAAAAAAGUGAGGAUUUAGAGCUUAGCUUCUUCCUUUUGAUUAUGUUGUAUGGUAAAAAAAUUUAAAGAAGUUAUUUGAGGUCCAAUUUAUGUA